CAUAUUUUUUGGAAUUUUUUUGUUAUAAACCUUUGUUACUGUAAUUCGCCGCGAUUUUAUUUGUUUGGACAUUUACACUUUGAAACUUGUUUUGAAGCCACUUAUCAUCGUGGAGGCCAAAUCGUUGUGAUCUAAUCUCUUUUCGCCUUUGAUCCUUUAAUUGAUCUGCUUCUACUGCACGCACACUUGACCAGUUUGGUCCCAUCGAUUCAACUUGGAUCACAGGGGUCUAUGGUCGUGCUUCAACUUCAGAAAAAGAAUUGUACUCGAACCACUGAACUCUUCUUGUAAUCUGAAAACUUCAACUUUUGGCAUACAAGACGAAAUGGUCAAACGAUACGUCAAACAGAAACGCCAGAGUGUACCACAGCAAGCACGAGAAAUGGCCUCAGAAUUAUUACAUUUAUCUUCACAUUUAAAUCCUCAUUUAUGAACUAAAACUUAAUUGAGAAUGGUGAAAAAAGCUUAUGAUGAGAUAGAGUGGGAACAGUCGGAUGUGGAGAGAAGUGAUGGAACAAAAGAGAUAGAUUUGAUUGAGGUGAGCGAGUUGGUGAAAGAUUGCCUUUCUAUAGCACCACGACUUGCAGCCUCUGCUUCGUUGGGUCUCUUAGGCCCAAAUGAACGAAGACAGCUGGGCUACAAUUUCGUGGCGCUCUGCUCUCUCGGUUACCGUCUAAACAGCAAAUCCCAGCGCAUAGAGUGCACGCAGUGUGCCUACUCGUUCCACAAAAACGAGUCCUAUAAUUUCGACGAACACGGCCUGCUGGGAACCAAAGGAAUCGCAGGUGUACAAUGCCCUGUUUGGCUCAAAGGGGGCUUCACUUUGAACCCCCGGGAAACUCAGAUAACAGCCAGAAGCAACGGGGAGGCCAAUCAGCCGAUCUCGUCCUUGUUGUCCUCUGCCACUUCUGGUGGUUUCACUGAGGAGAAGAUGGAUGUUGACGAAACACUCAUUCAAAUUAGCUCCGGUCUGCUAAGCGAUCAGCUUGGUUUGUUGGUACACAAAGGGCCGAAAGAGAGCUUAGACGAAUCACAAAUGGCUAUGACGCUUUUCGAAGACGAUUCCGAAGAAAGUAAUCAUUUCUUGUCACGAGAAAACAGAGAAGAUAGUCUUGUGAAGCUUAGCGCAUGGUCCAGUUUCACGCCUACGUUUGCUGCUAUUUUAUCAUUAAUGGGUUUUUACUGCUUUUCUGAAACGUUUAAAAUGUUAAAAUGCUAUUUUUGCAAGUUUUUAAGCCCUGAAACAUCGCUGCGAAAGCUAAUUCGAGCGCACUCUGUGUUUUCUCCACGUUGUUGUUACGCAAAGUUUGUGGAAAUUUCGACCGAAAUACUAAAUCGGCCAGAAGACAACGCGGCUCAUUUAAUAGCAUUCAACAUAUUCAACAAUUUGUACACAUUCACUGACAGAUAUGUUCGGUUGUCCGAAGCGUUAUGCGUCGAGGCAGCUGCCUGCGGUCUUCGAUUUCUGCCCUUCAAGCGUUCGGUCAAGUGCACGUCAUGUGAAUUCGAAGCAGAGCUUGAAGAUUCCGGUAACUUUCUAGCACUCAAAUUGUCCGAGAUGCAUAUGAAGCAUAAUCCGAAGUGUCACAACUUGGGAGACAGUCCGCAUUUGGCAAAAGGAGGAAAACAAAAAGGGAUCUUUUUUAUCUGGCUCCCCAAAAAGCUUGUGCGUGAAGAAAGAAGAAAGAACCUAAUUUAA